AGCGCCAUGGAGACAGGAGAUAACGCAGCCCCAAGCCCGCUAUGGAAGAUUAUAGUGGUUUCAGCAAUAGCCGCCGGGGUCCAGUUCGGAUGGGCUCUGCAGCUUUCUCUUCUAACCCCUUAUGUUCAAACCCUCGGUGUGCCUCACGCCUGGGCUGCUUUUAUUUGGCUUUGUGGCCCCAUCUCUGGGCUCCUUGUUCAGCCUCUUGUAGGCUACAGCAGUGACCAUUGCACCUCUCGCUUCGGUCGUCGGCGACCCUUUAUUGUUGCUGGAGCCAGUUUCGUUGCGAUGGCUGUUUUCCUCAUUGGCUUCGCCAAGGACAUAGGCCACCGAGCUGGUGAUUCACUGGAAAAGUCCACAAAGCCUAGAGCCGUUGCUAUCUUCGUUACAGGUUUCUGGAUUCUUGAUGUGGCUAACAACAUGUUACAAGGUCCAUGCCGUGCUUUCCUUGCUGACCUUUCCGCAAAUGAUCAUAAAAGAAUGAGACUUGCAAAUGGUUGGUUCUCUUUCUUCAUGGCUGUAGGAAACGUUUUGGGUUAUGCAGCCGGUUCCAUCUCACAUGUACACAAGAUGUUGCCUUUCACAAUAACAACAGCCUGUGAUGUUUACUGUGCAAACCUCAAAACCUGUUUCAUCAUUGAUAUUAUUUUCCUCAUGUCGGUGACAAUAACAGCAAUUACCACCGUGAAAGAGACGCCAUUAACGGGCAAGGAAGCUCUAGAAGAAGAAGAAGAAGAAGGAAAACCAUCUGGGCCUUUCUUUGGGGAGUUAGUGACAGCAUUCAAGACCUUAAAGAAACCAAUGUGGGUCUUGCUUCUCGUCACUAGCCUUAACUGGAUCGCCUGGUUUCCAUUCUUGUUGUACGAUACUGACUGGAUGGGAAGGGAGGUUUUUGGAGGGAAAGUGAAGGGAAAUGCAGAUGAAGAAAAAUUGUACGAUGAUGGAGUGCGUGCAGGUGCGUUGGGUUUGAUGAUUAACUCCAUUGUGUUGGGGGGUGCUUCGUUGGGAUUGGAGCCUGCUCGCCGCUUGAUUGGUGGGGUUAAGAAUUUGUGGGGUGCAGUCAACUUCAUUUUGGCUGCAUGCCUGGCUGGAACGGUGUGGAUUACCAAGGUGGCCGAGGCCUGGAGGGCUAAACCUGGACAUCAAAUCUUGGCCCAUCCGCCCAAUAUCGAACGCUUUGCCUUGGCUUUGUUUGGAUUGUUGGGUAUUCCACUUGCGGUAACAUACAGCAUUCCAUUUGCUUUGGCAUCCAUCUAUUGCUCCACCACCGGUGGCGGUCAAGGGCUUUCCUUGGGUGUGCUCAACUUGUCAAUAGUUAUCCCACAAAUGUUUAUAUCAGUGGUUAGUGGACCACUUGAUGCAGCAUUUGGGGGAGGAAACUUACCAGCCUUUGUUUUGGGAUCGAUUGUGGCUGCCAUUAGUGCUUUAUUGGCUAUUUUUGCACUUCCAAAUCCACCUAAACAAGCAUCUCUCAACCCUGCAAUGGCUGGAGGACACUGACUUCUCAGCAUUCACCUUGGCUCAUCAUAGAUUCAUUAGGAUAUUGGAUUUCAAAUUUUCAAAACAUUCAUUUGCAAAAAAAAAAUUUCAUGUGGAGAAACAAUUUUAGU